GCUCUACAGGACAUUCAAGGACAGCAAGUACCUGUACAUGCUGAUGGAAGCUUGUCUAGGUGGAGAGCUCUGGACAAUUCUCAGGGACAGAGGUUCAUUUGAAGAUUCCACCACCAGGUUUUACACAGCAUGUGUGGUCGAAGCUUUUGCCUAUUUGCAUUCCAAAGGGAUCAUUUAUAGGGACCUCAAGCCAGAAAACCUCAUUCUGGAUCAUCGAGGUUAUGCCAAACUGGUUGAUUUUGGCUUUGCAAAGAAAAUAGGAUUUGGAAAGAAAACAUGGACUUUUUGUGGAACCCCAGAGUAUGUAGCCCCUGAGAUCAUCCUGAACAAAGGUCAUGACAUUUCAGCAGACUACUGGUCACUGGGAAUCCUAAUGUAUGAGCUCCUGACUGGCAGUCCACCUUUCUCAGGCCCAGACCCCAUGAAGACCUAUAACAUCAUAUUAAGGGGAAUAGACAUGAUUGAAUUUCCAAAGAAGAUUGCCAAAAAUGCUGCUAACUUAAUUAAAAAACUAUGCAGGGACAAUCCAUCAGAAAGAUUAGGGAACUUGAAAAAUGGUGUGAAAGAUAUCCAAAAGCACAAAUGGUUUGAAGGCUUUAACUGGGAAGGGUUACGAAAAGGGACACUGACACCUCCUAUAAUACCAAGUGUCGCAUCUCCAACGGACACAAGCAAUUUUGACAGCUUCCCAGAGGACAGUGACGAGCCACCCCCUGAUGACAACUCAGGAUGGGACAUAGAUUUUUAAUGUCUUUCUCUUACCUGCUUCUGCCUUGCUGAAGACAGCUUUCCUGGGCCGUGGCUGCCAGCGAAACCGGAGGAACGGGAUUGGGGAGGAUUAGUGCUCGGGGUCACCAUGAUGCCUUGAUUGAUGCUGCUACAAGUAACUACAGUGGCAUUAGGACUUCUUGCUUAGAUGACAAUAGUGCUCUUCAUGUUUUCUGUUCGAACACAAACUAGCAGUUGACAUGGUGGUCCUGAUGCAAAGCCUUUCACCGGUAAAGAGCUCUGUUUUCUCUCACUGCAGUGAUCUUGCUAUGCUCUUAAUUAUCCAA